AGAAAUGGCCUCUACUUCAUCUCAAAAACUCCUUUUACUUUCUCUUUUUAUGCUCUUUUCAGCAUUCUAUGCUAAACCUUCAAGUUCAAGGCUGGCAAAGUUACAGGCUGAGAAGCUCAUAAAAGGACUGAACUUAUCACCAAAAGAGGCUGUUAAUGGUGGCAGCAAUGAGGUUGAAGACGAGUCUUCCAGGAUUGUUGAAAAGCAAUUCAGGUUCCCUGUGGCCGGAGGUCCAGGGCCUUCGGUACAGGAGCUUGGUCACCAUGCUGGGUACUUUAAACUUCCACAUGCUAUUGCUGCAAGGAUGUUUUACUUUUUCUUCGAAUCUCGGAACAGCAAAAAGGACCCUGUGGUGAUUUGGUUGACUGGAGGUCCAGGAUGCAGCAGUGAAUUAGCAUUGUUCUAUGAAAAUGGUCCUUUCCAUCUUUCCAAAAACUUGUCACUUGUAUGGAAUGACUACGGUUGGGACAAGGCAUCGAACAUCUUGUUUGUAGAUCAGCCCACCGGAACCGGUUUCAGUUAUACGACCGACGAUAAGGACAUUCGCCACAACGAGACCAGUGUCAGCAACGAUUUAUACGACUUCUUGCAGGAAUUUUUCAAGAAGCAUCCCAAGUACGUUGAGAACGACUUUUACAUAACCGGAGAAUCGUAUGCUGGACACUAUAUUCCGGCAUUUGCUGUCCGAGUUCACCAGGGAAACAAAGCAAAAGAGGGAAUCCAUGUCAACUUGAAGGGUUUUGCCAUUGGAAAUGGGCUAACAAACCCUGAAAUCCAGUAUCAAGCAUACCCAGAUUACGCUUUGAACACAAGUAUAAUUACGCAUUCUGAUUAUGUCAGUAUCAAAAAGUCUGUCCCUUCAUGCGUGCAGUCAACCAGAAGCUGCGACUCUAAAGGUGGAGAUGCUUGUGAGGAUGCUUAUGAUGUUUGCACCAGCAUAUUUAAUCAGAUCAUGAGCAUCGCUGGUGAUUUAAAUUACAAUGACAUUAGAAAGAAGUGCCAAAGAGAUGUGUGCUAUGAUUUCUCAGCGGUAGAGAAGUUCCUCAAUCUGAAGUCGGUUCAGGAUGCCUUAGGGGUCGGAAAUAGAGAUUUCGUGUUAUGCAGCUCUACGGCAUACGACGCCAUGGUUACGGACUGGAUGAGGAAUUAUGAAGUUGGCAUACCUGCUCUUCUUGAGGAUGGUAUCAGGGUGCUUGUAUAUGCAGGAGAGUAUGAUCUUAUAUGCAACUGGAUUGGGAAUUCGAACUGGGUUCAUGCUAUGGCGUGGUCGGGACAGAAAAAGUUCGGGGUAGCUCCGACGGUUCCAUUUGUAGUUGACGGUGUUGAAGCUGGACAACUGAAAAGCCAUGGUCCUCUCAGUUUCCUCAAGGUACAUAAUGCUGGACACAUGGUUCCGAUGGAUCAACCGAAAGCUUCGUUACAGAUGCUGAAGAACUGGAUGCAGGGGAAACUAACACCGUCCAAGGCGGCAGACAAAGUCUCUCCCAAGUAAUGAACACUAAAAAAUAUAUAUAUAAAAUAUAAAUUUUAAAUAUUUCUAAGUAGUUAAUAUGAAUUGUUAACUUAAAUGAAAAAAUAUAUUUGACAUUUAUGCUAAGAAAAAAAAUAUGAAUUGUUGACUUAAAUAAACACAACAAUCUCUAAAUUAUGUCUUUCUUUUACAAGUAUAAAUGUUUAAAUAUUUCUAAGUAAUUAAUAUGUCUUGGGUUAUAAA